AACAGCUGUCGUCAUUUGUGGAAGAAGAGGAGAGAUUUGCAAAUUUACAAAGAAGCCAGGAGAAAAUUAUUCGUGGUUCAAGAUGAGCUUCAUGCAACCGAGUCCCGUUAAGUACGCGUGCUCCUGCGGCAUCCUGAACCCCAUCAACAAGCUCUUUUUCUGCCGGCACUGCCCAAAGCUGCACUGUGGCUUCUGCGUGACCCAUGAAAUCGAAUCGCACUUUUGCUCCAACUGCCUGGAGAACAUCCCAUCCACGGAGGCAAAACACAAAAAAAACUGCUGCGCCAACUGCUUCGACUGUCCCUGCUGCCAGCACACCCUGUCCGCCAGAGCAUCCACGGUUCCCGUGGUGCGUAAGUCUGAAGAGUCAAAGGACGUCAAAGAACCUAAGGAUGGCGAUUCCACCGGCGAAGCCACGCCUCCUGUCCCGGCUAGCAGCAAACCCUCGGCGGUGCCAACCACUAAGAAGAUGUACUAUCUAUCGUGCCUGUCCUGCCGAUGGACAACCCGGGACGUGGGCAUUCCCGACCAGGGCGUGGCGACAGGCACCUGGCCGGAUAACGAGUGCCUGUACCAGGCGCGAUUCAACGCCUUGGUCGAGUACUUCCAGGCAGUGGUACUGCAGGAGAAGCAGGAGAAACUGGAGUUUAUGCGGCGCAAGGCCCCCAAGCAGCACAAGUUUCCCAGCCUUACGGAUCGUACUGGCCUGACGGUAUCGCUUAUUCGACGCCAGAUCGGCUGGAACGACAAGGUUCCCAAGGCCAAGGCCGUCAUCACGCCGGCGGAGUCCACUUCGGAGGUGGAGGGACUGCCGGCAAACAUCUUUACGGAACAGCCAAACCUGCGCAAUGUCACGACCAUCGCCCAGCGCCACAGCCAGCCGGCGGAUCAGCCUACUGCCGUGGGCAGUUUAUAUCCGCAACGGCGGUCGCUGUGGAUUAAGCGUUCGCUGCGCUGCCGCCAGUGCGAGCACAACCUGAUCAAGCCGGAAUACCAUCCCACAUCAAUUAAGUACCGCAUCCAGCUCUUUGCCAGCUAUCAUGUGCCUGAGGUGGUGAUGGUGCGGUGCGAGCAACCGCUGGUGCCUGGCAAGAGCAACGCAAUCCUUCUAAAGCUCACCAAUCCGACCAUGUACGACAUGACCAUUCGCCUGUUGACUGCAGCACCCCCCGAGGAUGCCCAAGUAUCAGCGGAGACCACUCGUGUUGUAAAGGAGGAACCGAUUUCUUCGUCCCCACUUCUCAAGACUGUUGGCAUCACCCUGUCGCGUCAAAAUUCAACCCGGGAGGUUAAGCGUGAGGUUAUAGAUGCCUCCAAUGCAGAGAUCGUGCCAUUGGAGAGCGAGUUUGUGCUCAGCCAGCGCGAUGAUUCUAAGGAGUUCGAUGAGUAUGUGCAGCUGCCCACCGAGGAGCCCAAGUUCAUUGUCUGGCGCAAGGGCAACAAGGUUCUAGUGCGGCUCCAGUUCACCCCGGCAGAGGAGCUGGCCUUUGGCACGGACGUCGUAUUGGGCUUUUUCAUGCAGUACACGUACGUCAACACCGUAACCAAUGCGUCCGAGAAGAAGGAGCCCACCACGCAUGCGCUCCACUCCAGGGUGUUCAUCACAGCGGGUGCAACGGAGCAAAAGGCCACCUAAAAUGGAAAUUUAGUCAUGUGGAAUAUAAAUCGAACUUAUCAGAAUCAUAAAGCACGCUUUUUAAAAGCGAAAAUAGGAAAAUAUAUUAAUACAACAUAUUCGUGAAAAAGCUAGUAUUACAAUUGAAUAAACCGCUUGUUCUAACCCUGA